CUCAAGAAUUGAAUUAUCGUGGACUCUCUUUUCUUUUCUUCCAAACCUUCUUCUCUAUAGAAAACGAAGUUUCAAUUUCACCAAAAAUAGCAAAAAAAGGAAAAAACAGAGAGAAGAAAAAGCUAUAUAUAGAUAGCUGUCACUGAGAGAGUCGUGAGCACGCAAUAAUACCUCCUCAAAAGAAACACAAACCAACUCAAAAUCUCUCUUUUCUUUUUGGAUAUAAAAUUAGGCCCAUCGACGCAUAUUUAGCAAUAAUUGACUGGGAAUUUGACUCCCGAGUUGUUCUUGGAUACUAUGGGUUGCGCCGGAUCCUCGCGUUCCAAAGGAGAUGAAACUGUUAAGAAGAUACGAAAACCAAAACCAUGGAAACACUCAGAACCAAUAACAAGAGCUCAGCUUGUACAGAUGCGUGAUGAAUUCUGGGACACUGCCCCGCACUAUGGGGGUAGAAAGGAGAUAUGGGAUGCGCUACGAGCUGCUGCAGAGGCAGACGUAAGCCUUGCACAAGCGUUCGUGGACAGUGCUGGGAUCAUUGUGCAAGUACCUGAUUUAACUAUCUGCUAUGAUGAGAGAGGUGCCAAGUAUGAGUUGCCCAAAUAUGUUUUGAGCGAACCAACAAAUUUGAUUGGUGAAAACUGAAAAGGCGACAUAGUCAAGUACCAUGCUUCAUUGAGACUGUAAAUGGUGUAAAUUGCUCUCACAAGUCAUUUCUUUCAAAGAUCCAUUUCGUUUUAUGCAUUAUGGUUCUAUUCAUGAUAUCAAGAUUCCAUCUUGCUACAGCAGCAACCAUGUACCAGGGUAUUUUUUUGGACAUAAUAUCAAGCUGUAGAGACUUAGCAUAA